UAUGUUAGUAAUAAUAAGAACGAACAAACAUCAUAGUUGUGCGUAACAUCUUAAAGACAAGGAUCCAAGUAGCCUAGUUCCAUUCAAAGCUGUGUUGUGUUGUGUGUGGCAAAACACAACACAAAACGUUGACACUAAAAUCCCUUAAGAGCGGGGCCACUUCACACACGGGCGGCACAACACACGACCUGUUCCUUUUCCUCUUUUCAAAAAGCAAGCUUUCAUCUUUCUCAUUCUCUCUAUCCAUAUGCUAUGUGCUUAUUCUCUAUCUCUCUCUCUCCUCAAACCAUUGAUCUUGUUUGUGUAUAACCAAAUUUGAGCAAACCCCUUUGCAUCUGAUUCUAGAAUCACAAGCAUAUCUACCCAUUUUCUGUCUUUCCAUCAUCUAGGUAAUUGAGUGUGAAAAAUGACAAGGGUGGCUCGUGAUUUUGGUGAUACAAUGCAAAAAGAGGCGGUGCCUGCAGUGUCUUCUGAUGUUGUCUUUGCUUCUAGUCGGUUUCCUAAUUACAGAAUUGGAGUUAACAAUCAGAUAAUGGAGACGAAGGAUGACCCUAAAGUGCUGUCUAUGAAGGAAGUUGUUGCACGUGAGACUGCUCAGCUGUUGGAGCAGCAUAAUCGUCUCUCGGUUCGUGACCUUGCCAGUAAAUUCGAGAAGGGUUUGGCAGCUGCGGCUAAGUUGUCUGAAGAGGCUAGACUUAGAGAGGCAGCAUCUUUGGAAAAACAUGUUCUUUUGAAGAAACUUAGAGAUGCACUUGAAUCCUUAAAAGGGCGAGUGGCAGGCAGAAACAAGGAUGAUGUGGAAGAAGCUAUUGCUAUGGUUGAAGCUCUAGCAGUUCAGUUGACUCAGAGGGAAGGAGAACUAAUACAAGAGAAGGCAGAGGUGAAGAAGCUUGCAAAUUUUCUUAAGCAGGCUUCUGAAGAUGCUAAGAAAAUUGUUGAUGAAGAAAGAGCUUUUGCUCGUGCUGAAAUAGAGGAUGCCAGAGCAGCAGUUCAAAGAGUGGAAGAGGCACUACAAGAACAUGAGAGAAUGUCUCAAGCCUCUGGGAAACAAGACAUGGAACAAUUAAUGAAGGAAGUUCAAGAGGCUCGAAGAAUAAAAAUGCUGCAUCAGCCAAGCAAGGUCAUGGAUAUGGAACAUGAACUUCGAGCAUUGAGGGCUCAACUUGCAGAGAAGACUAGACAGUAUCUUCGACUACAAAAGGAGCUAACUAGGACAAAGAAAGGCGGGGAGAAUAUUCCUCAUUUAUAUGAACUUGAAGGGAAUGAAACCUUAGGUUCUUACUUGCAAAUUCAACCUUGCUCUGAUAAUGCUCCUGAAGUUUCUAAAUGUUCAAUUCAGUGGUAUCGUGUAUCAUCUGAUGGUGCAAAGAAAGAACUUAUAUCAGGAGCAACCAAAUCAGUUUACGCCCCUGAGCCUUUCGAUGUUGGGCGUGUAUUGCAAGCUGAUGUUAUUUCAGAAAGUGAGCAUGUCACACUUUCAACUGCUGGUCCAAUAGAUCCAGCUGCUGGUCUGGGAACCUAUGUUGAGGCACUUGUGCGCAAACAUGACACUGAAUUUAACGUAGUUGUAACUCAAAUGAAUGGUUCACCUCCAACUGAAUCUAUUCAUGUGCUUCAUGUUGGAAAGAUGAGGAUAAAACUCUGCAAAGGAAAGACCACAAUUGCCAAAGAAUACUAUUCAAGUUCAAUGCAGCUUUGUGGUGUUAGAGGGGGUGGAAAUGCAGCAGCACAGGGAGUUUUUUGGCAGCCAAAGCAAGGACAUUCUUUUGUAUUAGCUUUUGAAUCAGAGAGAGAAAGAAAUGCUGCCAUCAUGCUUGCAAGGAGAUUUGCAUUUGACUGUAAUAUCAUGCUUGCUGGACCAGAUGACAGAGCUCAUCUGGGGACAUCAUGAGUCUCCUUACAUCUUUUUCCCCAACCUUGUAAUUAUGAGUUUUUCUUCCUUGUAUUAUUACCAUAAGUGUUAUUUAAACACUUGAAAUCUUCCUUAUAAUAUUGGUUUAGCUUGUAGUGAUUCACACCUUGUGGUUUGAAUCAUAUAUAUAUAAUUUUGUUUCAUCAGUCCAAGGCACUUUUUUAUUUGCCUUUGUGAGAUUAGGUUACAUAGUCACAGCAUUUUGUCUUGAGAUGCUAAUUGGUUGUAUUUUAUGGACAAACAAUUACUGAGAAUUCUGAUUGCUGUUGUUGUCUGUGGACACUGACCUCGUGAACAGGACAAUAUGUGAAUCUUGUUCUUCUCUCA